UGGGGUGCGCGGUAGCAACAGAGGACUCGACCCGGCUGGAGCUCUGGAGAGCGCGCGUGCGCCGUCACGAGCUCAGCGCUGCCGGGGCCGCGGUGUGGAAGCGGGUGUUCGACCGCCGUGCGGGCCGCGGGGAUGUUCCGAAAGGCGCGGCGGGUGAACGUGCGCAAGCGGAACGACUCCGAAGAGGAAGAGCGGGAACGCGAUGAGGAGCAGGAGCCGCCGCCGUUGUUGCCGCCGCCGGCCACGGGCGAAGAGGCGGGCCCCGGUGGCGGCGACAGGGCCCCUGGCGGGGAGUCGCUGCUGGGCCCGGGGCCGCCGCCGCCUUCCGGGCUGACCCCGGGCCUCGGGGCUGAGGCCGGGGGCGGCUUCUCCGGCGGCGCGGAGCCCGGCAACGGGCUGAAGCCGCGCAAGAGGCCUCGGGAGAACAAAGAGGUGCCCCGGGCCAGCCUGCUCAGCUUCCAGGACGAGGAGGAAGAAAAUGAAGAAGUUUUCAAAGUGAAGAAAUCAAGUUAUAGCAAAAAGAUAGUAAAAUUACUCAAGAAGGAAUAUAAAGAAGAUCUUGAAAAAUCGAAGAUUAAGACAGAACUCAACUCAUCAGCUGAAAGUGAACAACCUUUGGACAAAACAGGACAGGUUAAGGAUACAAAUCAAGAAGAUGGAGUUAUCAUCAGUGAACAUGGUGAAGAUGAAAUGGAUAUGGAAAGUGAAAAAGAGGAAGAAAAGCCAAAGACUGGUGGAGCUUUUUCAAAUGCUUUAUCUUCAUUGAAUGUUCUUCGUCCAGGAGAAAUUCCAGAUGCAGCUUUUAUACAUGCUGCAAGGAAAAAGCGCCAAAUGGCCCGAGAAUUGGGAGAUUUCACUCCUCAUGAUAAUGAGUCUGGUAAAGGCCGCCUUGUUAGAGAAGAUGAGAAUGAUGCCAGUGAUGAUGAAGAUGACGAUGAGAAACGCCGGAUAGUUUUUUCUGUGAAAGAAAAGUCACAAAGACAAAAAAUUGCUGAGGAAAUAGGAAUUGAAGGGAGUGAUGAUGAUGCUUUAGUAACUGGAGAACAGGAUGAAGAGCUCAGCCGAUGGGAACAGGAGCAGAUAAGGAAAGGAAUUAAUAUCCCUCAGGUUCAAGCCAGUCAACCCGCAGAAGUGAAUAUGUACUACCAGAACACUUACCAGACAAUGCCUUAUGGCUCAUCCUAUGGCAUUCCUUAUAGUUAUACGGCCUAUGGAUCAUCAGAUGCCAAAUCUCAAAAAACAGAUAAUACAGUCCCUUUCAAAACUCCCAGUAAUGAGAUGACUCCCGUUACUAUUGAUUUGGUAAAGAAACAGCUUAAAGACAGGUUGGACUCCAUGAAAGAAUUGCACAAAACAAAUCGACAGCAGCAUGAGAAACAUCUGCAAAGCCGAGUGGACUCUACCAGGGCUAUUGAAAGAUUAGAAGGGUCUUCUGGGGGUAUUGGUGAACGGUAUAAAUUUUUGCAAGAAAUGCGAGGGUAUGUCCAAGACUUGCUUGAGUGUUUCAGUGAAAAGGUGCCACUGAUUAAUGAACUUGAAUCAGCAAUACAUCAGCUGUACAAACAGCGAGCUUCCCGCCUUGUCCAAAGACGACAAGAUGAUAUUAAAGAUGAAUCUUCGGAGUUUUCAAGCCAUUCAAACAAAGCUCUGAUGGCACCAAAUCUUGAUUCCUUUGGACGUGAUCGGGCACUGUAUCAAGAGCAUGCAAAACGUCGCAUUGCAGAGCGGGAGGCCAGGAGGACUCGUCGUAGACAAGCCAGAGAACAAACCGGUAAGAUGGCAGAUCACCUUGAAGGCCUUUCCAGUGAUGAUGAAGAAACUUCUACAGAUAUUACUAAUUUCAAUCUGGAAAAAGAUCGAAUUUCAAAAGAAUCCAGCAAAGUUUUUGAAGAUGUCCUUGAAAGUUUCUAUUCAAUUGACUGUAUUAAAUCACAGUUUGAAGCAUGGCGUUCAAAAUACUACACGUCCUACAAGGAUGCUUACAUUGGCCUUUGUUUGCCAAAAUUAUUCAACCCCCUCAUACGACUUCAGCUCCUAACUUGGACUCCUCUUGAGGCAAAAUGUCGUGACUUUGAGAAUAUGCUGUGGUUUGAAUCUUUGCUGUUUUAUGGUUGUGAAGAACGAGAGCAAGAAAAAGAUGAUGUAGAUGUUGCCCUACUACCUACCAUUGUGGAAAAGGUGAUUCUUCCUAAACUAACAGUGAUAGCUGAAAAUAUGUGGGACCCUUUUUCUACAACACAGACUUCAAGAAUGGUGGGAAUUACACUAAAAUUAAUCAAUGGAUAUCCUUCAGUAGUGAAUGCAGAAAAUAAAAACACACAGGUAUACCUAAAGGCACUUUUAUUGAGAAUGAGAAGAACUUUAGAUGAUGAUGUAUUUAUGCCCUUAUAUCCCAAAAAUGUCUUAGAAAAUAAAAAUUCUGGGCCUUACUUGUUUUUUCAACGACAGUUUUGGUCUUCAGUUAAGGUCAUAAAACCCCCAUUCCAGAGAGGGUCCUGCCCCAUACCCAGAAAGAAAGAAUGCUGCUCAGAGAGGCCAAGAAGAAUCUGGACGACAGGCCUUGUUGUGUGUCUUCUCUUGAGCAGUAGAUCAUACCUUUUUGUCCAGUCAUGUUUCUGCAUGCCUGUACAUAUUUCGUUAAACCUAAACAUAGUAGACCAUUUCUCCUCCAUCUUUGGGUCUUUACUCUGAAGGCUCUCAUGUUACAUAAAACUGAUCAAGUAAAUUUAUAUGCCUUUUCUCCUGUUAAUUUGCCUCGUCAGUAAUUUUCAGCGAAACUUCAUAGGGCAAAGGGGAAGCUUUCCCUUGGCCCCGACAUUUCCAAUUUGGUUAUGAACAGAGCUUCUAUAAGGGUGUAAGAGCUUCUAUAAGGGUGUUCGAAUAUGUAAGUUUCAUUUCAUUUGGGUGAAACAGCCGGGCAAAGCUGUCUUCCAAAGUGGCUGUAUCAUUUUGUGUUCUUACCAGUAACCUGUUACUGUCCUGGUUAUUCCUUACUCCCACCAUACUUGCUGUUGUCAGUGUUUUGCUUUUUAAGUCAUUCUGCGGGGUGCAAUGUGGUAUCUCAUUGUGGUUUUCAUUUGCAUUUCCCUAGUGACAGUGUUGAGCACGUCUUCAUGUGCUUAUUUGCAAUUUAUGUAUUUUGGUGAAAUGUCUUCAAAUCUUUUGCUUAGGUUUUAAAUUGGGCUUUCUUCUUACUAAGCAUUGAAUUCUAUAUUCUGGAGAGAAGUCGUUUAUCAUAUAAAUGAUUUGCAGAUUUUUUUUUUUUUUCAGUUUGUGGCUUAUCUUUCCAUUCUGAUAGUCUUCCAUAUGCAGAAGUUCUUAAUUUUGAUGAAGUCCAGUUUGUCUUUUUUUCCUGUUAUGGAUUGUGCCUUAGAUGUCAUAUCUAAGAAAUCUUUGCCUAAUAUGAAGCCACAAAGGUUUUCUCCUAUCCUUUCUUCUAGAAAUUUCAUAGUUUUAGGUUUUACAUUUAGGUCUGUGACUCUUUUCAAGUUAAUUUUUAUUAUAGGGUGUGAGGCCUGGAUUAAGGUUUACUUGUUCCAGCACUAUUUGUUGAAAAGGCUAUCCUUUGUCCUGUGAACAGCAAAAAUUUGAGACAGGUCUCAGUUAAUUUAGAAAGUUUAUUUUGCCAAGGUUGAGGACACACCUGUGACACAGCCUUAGGAAGUUCUGAUGACAUGUGCCCAAGGUGGUCGGGGCACAGCUUGGUUUUAUACAUUUUAGGGAGACACAAGACAUCAAUCAAUAUGUAAGAAAUACUUUAGUUCCAUUUAGUUCCAUCCAGAAAGGUGGAGACAGCUCAAAGCAAGGCCCCCCCAUUGGGGACUUCCAGGUCACAUGUAGGUGAGAGAGAGAUGGUUGCAUUCUUUGGAGUUUCUGUUAAGUUUUUCCAGAAGAGGCAAUCAGAAUAUGCAUCUAUCUCUGUGAGCUGAGAGAUGACGUUGAAUAGAAUGGGAGGCAGAUUUGCCCUGAGUGGGGUUCCUGGCUUGAAGAGGCCCAAGAUAUUUCCCUUUCACAGUCCACUGAAUUGCUUUUGUACCUUUGUUGAAAACCAGUUAACUAUAUAUGUGUGUCAUGGAAGGGUUUAAGGUAAGUAAACAAAUUGCCUUUUUUUUUUUUUUUUUUUAAGAGACGAGGUCUCGUGUUGCCUAGGCUGGUCUCAAACUCCUAAGCUCAAGUGGUCCUCCUUCCUUGGCCUCCCAAAGUACUGGGAUUACAGGUAUAAGCCACUGUGCCCAGCCAUAAAUUGCCUGGCUCAGCCUUCCGAGUAGCUGGGACUACAGGUGCCCGCCACCACGCCCAGCCAAUUUUUUGUAUUUUUAGUAGAGACGGGGUUUCAUCAUGUUAGCCAGGAUGGUCUCGAUCUCCUGACCUCAUGAUCUGCCUGUCUCAGCCUCCCAAAGUGCUGGGAUUACAGGUGUGAGCCACCGCGCCCGGCCGUAACCACAGGUCUAUAAAUUGCCAUUUUUAAGAUUACUCUGUCUGCUAUGUGGAGAUAAUAGAUUGAAGUAGGUAUGGAUAGUGAUAGUGAAAAUGGGAACUGGUAUUUAUUGUGUAUUUUAGGGGAACCAGUACUUAUUGUGUGUUUACUGUGUACCAAGCACUGUGCCACACCUUUUACAUAGAUUAUCUUGUUGAAUCCUCAGAAUGGCUCAAUGAGGUACACACUGUUUUUUCACUUUACUGAUGGGGUAGUGAGGCACACAAUAACCUGCGCAAGGUCAUUUCCAUUGGUAAUUAGAGAUGGGAAUCAAACUCAGGCCAGCCUGACUCUUGAGCAGCUCUUCUCAACUGGGCUUCUGUGGGAGACUUAAUACCUAAUGCCUUAAGGCCUCCAUUGUCUAUAAGGAAUUCUUUUUCCCCUGCAUCUGCAGUACUAGCUAUGUAUCAUUCUUGGGAGAGCUGAGUAAAGAGCCACACAAAAUCACUUUCUGUAGGUUUAGAACUCUUGCCGAGCCCUGCUUGAGAAAGGCUACUCCAUGCUCUUGCUCAUAAUCACUGGAGUAACCGCAGGGUUCUGAAAAGAUUAAGGUGGGUCAGAUUCGGGGGAUGGCAGCAGGAACUGAGGGAAAUGGACAGACUGGAUGGUGGUGGAGACACACAACUUGAGAGAGAGGUCAGGAAUGACCUCCAGACCUCUGGCACGAGCAGCUGGUUGAAUAGUGUUACCAUUUACUAAGUUGAGAAACAACUGGGAAACUGUAAGUUUUUAUGGUGGGAUGGGAUGGGGCUUUCAUUUUAUGAUGAUAGCUUUCAUUUUCUAUGUAUCGAUUGAGCUUGGGUAGCUUGAGAUGCCCAAGUGAUAUAACUUGGUUGUAGUUCAUGAUACGUGGUAGCCAUGCAGGGUUGUAGUCAGACUCUCCCAUCUUUUGUGGGCAGCGCAGGGCAGGGUGGGGGUAUGCAGAGAACCAGCUAGAGUGUAAUUUUGAAUGGAGGACACUUACCUAAGAAUCAGCACUCCCUGAUAGUACCGUCUGCAAUGAUGGAAAAUGUUCUGUAUCUAUGCUGACCAGUGCUGUAGCCACUAGCUACAUGUGGCUGUUUCAAUUUUGACUAAUUAAAAUUGAAUAUUCAAAUGUAACCAUUCUAGGAAAUAUUUGUAUCUUUGAAAGUAUUAAUAUCUCUUAGUACUUUGGGAAGACAUGGUCUGCUGUAUUUCAUAUGGUGUUUUACUCUGUAACUUAUUUACUUUGUACCUAAUCUAAUUGUUUCACAUUACCUAUUUUUUUUUCUUC